CGAUUUUGUCUGGAUCGUGAUUUGAUUUGUUUGGUCUGGCUCGAGAUGCGAACAGGAAGCAGUUCGUUAACUGGAGCUCAUCGAUAACAGACCGUUAUUACCGCCAACAAAAGGCAAGAGGAGCAGUAAAUCUAACAAUGUCACGGCUGUUUUUGCCAAAUCGUUUUUGUGCCAAAUGUAGCCUAAUAACACCGCGUGGGUCUCCGGUGUUGACACUGCGAGUGAAGCCGGGGCAGUCCGUUAAUCUGAGUGGCUUUAGUCAACAGCAGAGACGAUAUGCUGGAGGGACAAAUACAGCGUUUUUUAAGUACAAAUCAAAGUCCGGGAUUUGGAUAUGUGGGGUUGGUGUGGGGAUUGCUAUAGCUGUGGGACUGAAAUACCGCGCUGACACAAGCAACAGCUUCUGUGAUAAUAAAGUAAGAGACGCGCCGAGGAUUGAUCGGUACAGCGAUGCCAUAAAAGUUAGCAGGGACCUUUUGGAGCGGAUAAAGGAUGAGGUCGGGGCUCCAGGGUUGGUGGUUGGGGUCUCUGUGGAUGGGGGUCAAGUCUGGAGUGAAGGUAUCGGUUAUGCUGAUUUGGAGAACCGUGUGCCAUGCAGCCCAGAAACAGUGAUGCGAAUCGCCAGCAUCAGUAAGCCCCUCACAUCUGCAGCUGCUGCACGACUGUGUGAGGAGGGGAAACUAGAACUGGAUGUCCCUCUCCAGAAAUAUGUCCCAGAAUUUCCCCAGAAACAAUUUGAUGGACAGGAUGUCACAAUAACCCUUCGUAUGAUUCUGUCCCACCUGAGCGGUAUACGGCAUUAUGAGAAGGAUGCAAAGAAAGUGAGGGAGGACAAAGAGAAAGCUAAGCGUCUUUUAAAGCCAGAAAAGAAAGAGGAUGAGAAGAGCUCGACUGAAAACAAAGAUAAAGAUAAAACAGAACAGAACACCAAAAGCAAAGAAGCCACUCAGGCUCAGAAGAAGAAAGAGUUUGAGCACGAGGAAUACUACUUAAAGGACAACUUUGAAAAUGUCACUCGGGCCUUGGACCUCUUCAAGGACGACCCACUCAUUUUCAAACCUGGCACCACUUUUCUGUACUCCACCCAUGCCUUUACCCUGCUCAGUGCCGCUGUGGAGCGAGCUGCUGGACAGCGAUUCCUGGAUGUCAUGACGCAGAUGUUCCGUGAGCUGGGAAUGCUUAAUACUGUGCCCGAUGAGAAUGACCCUAUUAUUUACCACCGCUCCAGAUAUUAUCAUCUCAACAAGCGAGGACGUGUUGUGAACUGCCCAUACGUAGACAACUCCUACAAGUGGGCCGGAGGCGGCUUCCUUUCCACUGUGGGUGACCUGCUGCUGUUCGGUAAUGCUCUGCUCUACAGCUUCCAGGUGGCCCACCUGAAGGACACUAAGGGCUUACUCCCUGGCUUCCUCCAACCCAAAACUGCCAUAGAUCUGUGGGCACCAGCUGACAGGACAGAGGCCAGCUGGGAUAAGGAUGGACUGUAUGCUCAAGGCUGGCUGGUGGUGGAGAAACUACAGAAAUACGGCCAGUGCAGGAAGCGCAGGCACUACGUGUCGCACACAGGAGGCGCUGUGGGGGCUAGCAGUGUCCUCCUUGUGUUACCCAGUGAGGAGGUCGAUGAGCACAAAGGACAGACCCCCCUCCUCCCACAGGGGGUGGUGGUCACCAUCAUCACUAACAUGCAGUCUGUGGGACUCAACAACACAGCACUGAAAAUUGCGCAUGAGUUUGACAAAGCCAGAAGCCUGUAAGAGUAAGUUGUUUACAGAAUCGUGUGAGUUUAUAUUUUCCUGAGAAGUAUUUCAUGACCCUUUUUAUGAAAUUUUGAUAACACUAUUAAAUAAGUGUAUGCCAUGUUUUAGGAAAUUAAAUAAAUCCUAAACAUGCAUUUUUUUUAAAUGUUUCAUGAAGUUUGCAAAAUAGUUACUUUUCUUUAGAACACUUGACAGGGUUGUCAUGCUGCCACUAGGUGGAGGCAGUUUACUACAUUUCUAACACAAAAAAGUUUCAGACAUUCAUGCAUUUUCUGUGUUUUUAAAAACAAAACAUUUGUUAUGGCAUAUGUAUUUAUGCAUUUGAGGGAAAUAAAAAUAUUUUAUACACCAUUGAAAAAAGGUUGGUUGCUAUUUAAAGCAGAAUGAUAAUGGUAACUAUGUCACAUGUAGUGACUAUAGGGCCCAUCCUGAACAGAUAUUUACUCAUAGCAACAUGGCAUAUGUGAUUGUAAUAUUGGGAAUAGAAAAUUAACUUGACUAUCAAUAAUCAAUGGGGUAAAUUUCUUACAAUGUACUCGCUGCUGAGCUGACUUUCAAGUGUUAAAA